AUGACUCCAGAAGUGGAGACUGAUAUCGGAAAACCUAGAAAUAUAGAUUCUGUGGAAGAGUUAGUUAUUAAAGCUCAGUGUUGGGUUAAAAAAGAUAACGAUGAGAGAUUAGCAGAAAUUUUAUCUAUAAAUACAAGAAGAUCGCCACCCAAAUUUUAUGUUCAUUAUGUUAACUAUAACAAGCGUUUAGAUGAAUGGAUUCUGACUGAUCGAAUAAAUCUGGAGAAAGAAGUGAUAUUCCCUGUACCCAAAAUUCAAGAUGAUGAAAAGAAAAGGCAGAAGAAGAAGAAAACACCGGUUUCAAAAACCUUAACAGACUUGACAGAUGGAGAAAGCCGAAGAUCUGAGACACCUGAGCCCUCAGAUGUGAUGGAUCUGGAUAAUUUAAAUGUCCAAGGUAUUAAUCAAGACAUAUCACAAGAAGACGAAAUUAAGAAGUUAAGGACCUCUGGUUCCAUGACUCAAAAUCCCCAUGAAGUUGCCCGAGUAAGGAAUUUAUCUAAGGUUAUUAUGGGAAAGUACGAAAUUGAGCCAUGGUAUUUCUCUCCAUAUCCCGUUGAAUUAACAGAUGAGGAUCAAAUUUACAUCGAUGACUUCACGUUACAAUAUUUUGGAUCCAAAAAGCAAUACGAAAGAUACAGAAAGAAGUGUACACUACGACACCCUCCUGGAAAUGAGAUUUACAGGGAUGAUUACGUUUCGUUUUUUGAAUUAGAUGGUAGAAAACAGAGAACAUGGUGUAGAAAUUUAUGUCUACUCUCUAAGCUGUUUUUGGAUCAUAAAACGUUGUACUAUGAUGUCGAUCCAUUUUUGUUCUAUUGUAUGACACGAAGAGACGAAUUGGGCCAUCACCUGGUCGGAUACUUUUCCAAAGAAAAAGAAUCUGCAGAUGGUUAUAAUGUUGCAUGUAUUCUAACUUUACCACAAUAUCAGAGAAUGGGGUAUGGUAAAUUGUUAAUUGAAUUUUCAUAUGAACUUUCCAAGAAAGAAGGUAAAGUAGGAUCACCUGAAAAGCCUUUAUCUGAUUUGGGUUUAUUGUCUUAUAGGGCAUACUGGUCUGACACUUUAAUAACAUUACUUGCUGAAUAUGGCAGGGAUAUUACGAUAGACGAGAUAAGUUCCAUGACGUCAAUGACAACCACUGACAUUUUGCAUACUACAAAGACGCUGAAUGUAUUAAGAUAUUAUAAAGGACAACACAUUAUUUUUUUAAAUGACGAUAUUUUGAAAAGAUACGAAGUGCUAAAGGCCAAGAAUAGAAGGAAGAUUGAUCCAGAAAAGCUUAUUUGGAAGCCGCCAGUAUUCACUGCAUCUCAAUUAAGAUUUGCCUGGUAG